GGCAACUUGGACAUGGCAAUGUUCCUGCUGGGAAAAGGGGCUUCACCUGAAUUCACCAACAGCUUUGGACAACGGCCAUUCCACUUGGCUAUUAAGAACAGGCAUUUUAGAGUUAUCAAGCUUCUGCGGUUGAGAGGGUUCACUUUGAAACUACACCCAGUGAGAAUUGCCAUUGAAAUGAUCCAAACAGUACGAAAUAGAGAUCAUGCGCUACUGCAUGCCUGGUUUCUGUCAGGGGUGGAUAUGGACACCACUGACUACAAUGGGUGGACAGCAAUGGAGGCGGCUGUUCAUUUGGGGGACAAAACCAUGAUCACCAAGCUAGUGCACUACAGAAGCACGCCACUGGUAUAAAAAAAACUUUCUUAUUGAACAAUAUUAGAAGUGGACAUUUAAA